AUGGAAGCAACAACUUUCAACGCGACAGAAGCCCUUGAGGGCUUCACUACCUCUCACCUCUCUGGCCCUUCUAUGCCCUUCUCAUAUUUUCUUCUGCCAUCGUCUACUUCUGCCCUCACUGUGUUUGUUGGUGCCAUUGCUCUAUACUGGUAUCUAGUCACUCUCGGCAGAAAGAGUCGACCCUACAUUUACGGCAACUACGACUACCCACUUAUUCGUGAGGGAUACGCGAAGUACAAAGAUAACUUUUUCAAGGUUUCGGGCAACGAUCUCCUCAUAGUUCCCAACAAAUACUUGCCCGAGCUUGCAAGCAUGCCUCCGGAGAAACUCAGUCUCAACACUGCGAUUGUUGAUGCUUUCCAGCGUCUUCAUUCAAUUACCGCUGUAAUCACUGAUCACAGUCUGCAGACACGCAUGAUCGUGUCACGUCUUACACCGAAACUCGGAGUGCAUGUUCCCUUUGUUCAAGAGCAGUUCCGCAAAUACCUGCCAACCGAGCUGCCAGCAACAGAGACCAGAUGGACAAGCAUGAAUGCAUUGAACCUCGCCCGCCGCAUGGUCCACAGAGGUGUGGCUACCCAGUUUGUCAUUGACCUGGCAGAAGACGAGGCCUAUCUGAAGACUGCCAUUGAUUACUCGGAGAAUGGAUUCCUGCACAACUUCAUGUUGCGCGUAUUUCCUGAUUUGGCCAAGCCUUUCGUUGCCUGGUUCCUUCCUACAAGCUGGGGUGUGGACAGAGCACUCAAAAGAGCAAGACGUAUGAUCAUCCCGAUCAUCGCCGAGCGCAGAAGGCGCGAACAAGACGACCGAAAGUAUGAGAAACCUGAAGAUUUCUUGCAAAAUCUGAUGGAUGGCGGUGUCGAGCUCAACGACAGCCCAGAGACUACAGUACAGCGUUUGAUGGUCACAUACCUUGGCGCCGGCCCAUCGACCGUGAUUGCUGUAGCUCAAGUCUUGUUCGAUCUCUGUGCCCACCCGGAAUAUGUUGAGCCACUGAGACAAGAAGCCUUGAGCGUACUUCGCGAGAAGGGCUACACCAAGCAAGCUUUAGCCGAUAUACUCAGUCCACCUAUCCUUCUGGGAUUCAAUGCCAUCGUGCGUCAACCUCUCACACUUCACGACGGCACUGUCCUACCCGAUGGCGCCCACAUCCAGAUGGCAACAUAUGCAAUCGGCACAGAUCCCGAGCGAGUUGAAGACCCCGAGAAAUUCGAUGGGCUGCGACAGUACAAUAACAGGAAGCGCCCCGGCGAGAGCAACUGGCAUCAGUUCACCACCACGAGCGAGAACAACCUGCACUUCGGCCACGGCAAGAUUGUUUGUCCUGGCAGGUUCUUCGCCGACCACUCCAUGAAGAUGAUUGUCAGCAACAUUAUUCUCAGGUAUCACCUCCGCUUCCCAGGUGGAUCGACACAGAGACCAUCGAACACGAGCAUGUACGAUGUGUUGAUCCCUGAUCUGAGCACUUGCAUCGAAUUCAAGCUGAGAGAGGAUGCUGCCGAAUGCAACUUUUAA